GUGGUUUCCAGAGUAGAUGGAGGAAGUCAGGAUACCCCAUUCGAAACUGGCCCUCAAUUGCUAUACAUGCACCGUCGCUUCCCACUGAUGAUUUACAGCACCGUCACUUCCGUUUGCCAGGCUUUGUCAUCAAUAUCAACACCGUACACAAUCUUUUCUAACCCCUUGAAUCUCUACAGUCUCACAUUCACUUCACGUCGGUUUUCCCUCUGCACCCACUUUCGUUUUGGCGUUUGCUUUUUGGCUCACCCACUUUCUUAUCUCGUCUCUCGUUGCACCUCAUAGUUCUUUUCUACGAGUCGUGCUACUCUAAUCACGGGUGUGGCGUUUCACAAGGCUGGCUAGUAGAGGUUGCCUAGAAUCUGGUCUCUUCCGAAGUUUCAUCAGAGCCUUGCGAUCCAUCGAUGAGUCUUCGCUAA